AUGGAUCUCAAAAAAGACUCAAAAAAGUUACCACUGCUGAAACUUCCAUUUCUGGCACAACGACUUGUAUUGUUUCAGACUGAUCCAAUUGAGAUCCUGGAGAUGAGUUUCUUAUCAAAGCGAUUGAAAAGGACUAUACAAAGUUCAAAACCUCGAUUGGAGUUGAUCAAUUACUACUUCACCAUUCCUGAACAAAUGAAGAUCAUCGUUCAAACUUCUUUGAGUACUCAAAAUCAAGUUUUGUUUGAUUUCAAAAAAGAAUUGGAAAACGGUCAAAAGAAGAUAAUGAAUGGAAAAGAGACACUUCUGAGAAGAAAUCGAGAGUCUUUCACUUUGAAAUGCGAACAAAGCGUACAGAAAAAUGCUGAAAAGUGCGAAUUCUUGAUUCAAUAUCUGAAAAAUUUGUUCACAGUCAACAACACAUGCUUGCAAUGUUAUAUGAUUUUUCCAAAAUUUUCAUUUUAUGAACGAAUCAAGCCUAACCAAGUGGAACUCCAAAAAGUUCAUUUGAGUGUUGAAGAUGGAAGAAAGUUGUUAGGAUAUCAUACAUUGGAACGGUUGAAGUUUGACGAAUCGAAAGUUCUCACCGGUGGGAAGCGAGAACAUUUCCAGUUGAAUGUUCGAUCACUAAACGUGUUUCAACAAAAUGAAUGGCUUGCUUUUUCAUCGUUUCUAACUAUGAAAUGUGAAGUUAUUUGUUUGACUCUCAAUGAGCCCUCACGACCUUUCAACUCGACCGAUUUGUCUUCUCUUGUCCUAGCUUGGUACAAUGGAAAACUAGAAAAUUUCAAGUCAUUCGAGAUGUCUCUAGACUACGAAGCCAUAGAAGAAUCGUUUAGAAACCAAGUGUUUGCCAUUCUAGAUGAAGCAAAUGUUGUAUCCAUUGACCAUCCGAAAGGGAGAAGAAUCAUAAGAAAAGAUGAGGAGAAAGCUGGGAUGUAUUUCUUCAACUAUUUUCAUUUCCGGAAAAUUUCGAAAUAA